GUCAGCCUUUUUUUUUAUAUAUUUAUUUCUUUCAUUCCCUAUUACAUACUUAUUUCGAAUACUGUAUUAUAGCUCUUUACAACAUCCUCAUCAUCAUGCAUUUCAGUCACAAGAAGCUCUUUAUUCUAUGUUUGUUCAUCACAACGUUAAUGACAGCUUGUUGUUUAGCGGCUGAUACAACAGCAGCUGAUAAUGCACAUCUAUCCAAGGAGUCCUAUCAAAGUAGGCAAGAUACACCAACAACAAACAACGAUACCAAUAACACCACAGAUCACGACACUCAAACAACCACGACAUUAAUAAAAGCACCCAAAGAAAUAAGCACGGCUCAUAGUGCGUUGUUAAGACGAAGAGUGACUUCUGCCGAUACCACUGUAUUAUCUUCAAAAGAUCCUAUUAUUGCACUUGUCAUCUUUGUCGCUUCCAGUUCAUUCUUAUUUUAAACGAGUUCUUGUUUUUUUUGUUGUACUAUAACACACAUACACGCACACUUUCUCUCUCUCUCUCUCUCUCUCUCUCUCUCUGCCUUUUAGAACUUAUAUACACCCCUACGUCCUGUACUUCCUUACCUAUAUAAUAUAUAUGUAGAAUAUAUAUAAAUAGAUAGGGCUAUAUAUCCCUUUCAUUCUUUUGUAUUGUACAUAAUUUUUUUCCUUUAAAAAAAGGAUUUCUUUUUUCUUUCCUUUUGAUAAAGUGACGUGAUGGUUCCAAGUGGCACAAAAUUUCAAAAAAGAAGGGUAACACGAUCAACGUAAAUCAUUUUUUUUUUCCCUCUCA